GUUUUGUUACAUUUUGGACGUCACGGCCCAAUGGUUCAUUAAACUCAUCAUCCCGUCCGCUCAUAUAGCCACCAAAAUUCCAACUCGUAUUACUAUUCAGAGUCACUGCUUUUGAACUAUCCCGUUACUCACUUUUUGCUAGGAGCAUAGUUUUCCACAACCCUCCUUCGCGAUGUUGCCCACCCCCGCGCCCGUGGACCCCUUCGCGGGGAUCACCAUUGGAGUCCUAACCACAGUUUUGGCAUCGCUCAGUGUGCAUCUCUCAAGUUGGUCCAACUUUGACAGGGUUUCAGAUGCUCUGGGCAGCUCGGCCGUAACGUUUUGGGGUCAAGAGGAAGACCACUUUGACUUUAUCAUUGUUGGAGGUGGGAGUGGCGGGGGGACCGUGGCUGCCCGACUGUCGGAACAGUUUUCAGUGCUCUUGCUGGAGGCAGGGGGAGAAAUGAACGAUUGGCAACAAAUUCCUGCCAUGUCGCUCCUCAUGCUGAGCUACCCUGAGAUUGACUGGAAUCACAAAACGGUGUCGCAGAAACACUGUUGUUGGGCUCUGCCAAGAAAUAAGAGCCACUGGAGCCAAGGGAAGGGUUUAGGAGGAACAGCCAACCUCAACUUCCUUAUCCAAUCACGCGGAGCUCCCAAGGACUUUGAUAACUGGGCAGAAAUACUCGGUGAUCCCAGCUGGACUUACGAUGCGCUCCUCCCGUACUUUAAGAAAUCGGAGAAUUAUGAAGGCCGUUGGGAAAAUAAUGGCCAACAUGGGAAAGGGGGUGAAAUUACGAUUAGGCAACCGGACUAUGUCGGAAUGGCUGAAAUAUUUGUAGAAGCGGCGCAAGAACUUGGUUAUCCACGAACAGAUUUGAAUGGCAAAUACACGGACGGUUUCGACGUCAUUUUCUACCCUAUCAAGAACGGGCGUCGUUUUGGCGUUUACGGAGCAAUGAUCAAUUCCGUUCGAACCAGGCCAUCUCUCACUAUACGGAAAUUCUCCCUUGUCAAAAAGAUUCUGAUUGACAACAAUAAUCGCGCUUAUGGGGUCGAGUACGAGCGUCAUGGGCAUGAAAAGAGGGCGUACUCCAACAAGGAGGUCAUCGUGUCUGCUGGUGCCAUGAACUCACCGAAACUGCUCUUGCUCUCAGGAAUUGGACCCAAAGAUCAUUUGGACUCUUUGAAUAUUCCCGUUAAGCAGGAUUUACCAGGCGUGGGUCAAAACCUUCAGGAUCACAUGAGCACUUAUCUUGGCCCCUUCUUUGUUGAUCAACCUGUCUCAUUCUCGAUUGAACGGGAUGUCAUCAAUUCCCAAUCGAUUGCAGAAUACUUGGUUCACGGGACGGGUGUGCUGACCACAACGGGCACCCAAGCCAUGGGUUUUUAUGCGACGAAAUACGCCAAGCAGAAUAACGAGAGCGACUGGCCGGACAUUCAAACAAUUAUGAUUGGAGUUUCUGUGGGGGAAAAUUUUGCGAGUGACAUUGCUCGUGGAUUUGGGCUAAAGCAUGGGCUCCUCACGCGAUACUACAAGCACGCCGUGGGUCGAGAUUCCUUCAUGCAAAUCGUCUCCCUUGGUCGACCCCUCGCUCGGGGUUACAUCCAGCUGAAGAGCAAUGACCCCACCGCACCCCUCAUCAUCCAACCCAACUACUUUGAGGAUCAACGAGAUGUCGACGUCCUCGUGGAUGGGCUGAAGAUUGCUGUGAACAUUGUGGAAAAUUCGACAGCAUUCCAACAAGUUGGGGGUAGGUUCACGGACCAAGUUUUCCCCGGAUGUGAAAACGUCCGCUUCAGAAGUGACGCCUACUGGGAAUGCUACGCCCGACAUUUGUCCAUAACUCUGCAUCACAUUGUGGGAUCUUGCUCCAUGGGAAGGGCGGAUAACCCAUAUUCCGUCGUGGACUCCCAACUCCGUGUUUAUGGGAUUCAGUACCUUCGAGUCAUGGACGCCAGCGUGAUGCCCGUUGUUCCAGUCGGAAAUACCAACUCUCCGACCAUUGUCAUUGCAGAAAAGGGAGCUGACAUGAUUACAAAAUACUGGAAGCCUUAACCCCUCCCAAAGAAAGAUGUGCAGUAACUAAUUAAUUUAUUUGCAGAAUAAUAAAUGUAAUUUAACUCGGGAAUGAAUGCACAUGUAUUGAAACCAAAUGAAGAAAUAAACUCUAUAAUUUUGGACGGUUUAGAAAAAUA